UUUGGUCAAAAUCCUUGCUUCCUUCUACCAUUUCCAACUGCUGGCCAGGAUGAAUACCGCCACUGUGCCGGUGAUGCUGGUAAAGUGCCGGAUUUGCAUGGGCGAGUUCGAGGAGCACACCAUGACUUCUCUGUUCGAAGAGCAAUCGGAGGGCGAGAAUCGGCUGGCCGACAGGGUGCAGAUGUGCUCUGGCAUAAGAAUUCGCGAGUCUGCCCAGAUGCCCGGCACCGCUUGCACCAGCUGCUGCGAAUUCGUAGACAUGUGGUUCAACUUUCGGCAGUUAUGCCUGAAUGCUCAGGUUUAUUGGGUUUCGAGUUGUCCGGACGCAGAGAGACCGGCGUAUCUGGCUGAAGCCAGCGAUUCAGAGUAUAUGGAGUAUAUGUACGAGAAGCUGCAACUUAACUACGCUGAAUCCACCUAUCACGAGGAGGAGGAGAUCCUCCAAGAGAUGGAGCAGAAUCAGCUGGAAGAUGCUUCUUCGAGGUCGCAGGAAGGCUUCCACAUCGCCGACUUAGUGAUGGCUGAUCAGGUCGAAGAGGAAGCUGAGCAUACCAAAGACAGCGCUGACCAGGUUUUAAUUUGUCAAAUGGACGCCUACGACAAUGGUGCACAGAUGGAAGCAUAUGUCCAAGACAAUAGCCAGUCCGUUGACGAUAACUCUCUGCUGAACGAAGACUACUACGAAGUUGACUUCGAUGAGGAAGAUCUUAACGAUGACGACUUCCUCUCACUAUCGCACGAUCAGACCGCCAGCCCAUUGGCAAAGCGCAAGCCAGGGAGGCCACGCAAGCCCGAUAGCGAACUCAAGGUAAAGCGAAAGGAGAAGGGCGCCAGAGGAAAGCUGAUCAAAGCGGAGAACCAAGAGGGCGAGCAGCCCACUACAUUUACGUGCAGCCUCUGCGGUCAAGUCUGUGAAAAGAAGUCCCUUUUCACGGCCCACAUGAUGGCUCACACAGACUACAAGCCAAACCAGUGCGAAAUCUGCCACAAAGGUUUCCGCCAAAAGGGAGAGCUCCGCUCGCAUAUGCGUCGCCAUACGGGCGAGCGUCCGUACAAGUGCGCCCACUGCGACCGUCACUUUUACGAUCGCAGCGAAAGGAUUCGACACGAGCGAGUCCACACCAACACACGUCCCUACGCCUGCCAGGAAUGCGGAAAGACCUUCACGCAUACUGCUAUUCUCAAGAACCACAGGCUGGUCCACUCUGGCGAAAGAAUUACAGGUAGGGAAGUAGCCUCUCCAAAAGAAACAUCUUUCUUAAUAAAGUUUCUCUUCAGCUGUGACACAUGCUGCAAGUCCUUCACCCUAUUGCACCAGCUGAAGGCCCACCUUACGACUCAAACCCAUCGCAGUCGAGUUGAGUUGAUGAAUUCCAUGGCCCAUACCGAAGACUGUGAGGACAGUUAAGGUCCUACGUUUUAUGCUUAGUUUAAGUUAGUUACAAGUAUUCUUAAGAGAUUAUAUGAAACAGAUGAAUUGUUUACCAUA